AUGCUUAUCGCUAUAUGUUCGCCUUACCUGGCAGAGCUUUACGAACUUCAGUGGGCCGGGCCUCACAUGACAGAUGUCGAUUUAUAUGCAAAGGAACUCAUGGAUAUGGUGUCCAAGCACAGAGAGAUAGCUUCGAACCGUCAAUUCACCUUCCUCGAGCUCGGUACUGGCUCCGGCCGCGUGAUACUCGGUGUCUUGAAAUGCCUCGCAAAUGCAUUAUUCGACACCGGCAACAUGCAAAUGAUCGGUCUAGAUAACGUGCAGAACAUGCUAGAUCUGGCAGCCAAGUUAGAAUCCAAGACAAUUGGGAUAUCUCCUCCCAUCACCUGGGUGUUGGGCGAUGCGCUGGCACUCGAUGAGCUACCGGUGUUAGCGGGCGAACAUGCCACAGUUGACCUCCUCCUGUUCCCGCUCAGCAGCAUCGUACACAUGGUGGAGGAUGGGCAGCUAGAGCAGUUAUUCCAGCAGAUCGGCAAGGUGCUCACCCCAGACACGGGGCGAGCGUACAUAUCUCUUUUCAACUGGUUCUUGAUCAGGCCGGGUGAUGACCUCAAAGCCCGGAUGGAUGAUGAGGUUUUACCACCACCGACAGACGUCCCGAGUGCACAGUUCCGCAGGAUUCAGUAUUAUAGUGAAAUGAAGAAGAGCGAGUGCCGGGGGAACCACAUCAUUUACCACCAGGAUGCACAGGUCUUCGAGCAACAGGAUAACGGCGAGAAAAAGGAAAUCGAGUGCUACCGGAUCACACAGACCUUACGGUGGUUUUCCGAGGCCGCUAUCGAGGCAGCCAUUGGGGCGGCAGGCUUGCGAAUCGUGGAGCGGAGGGUGGAGAAUAUAGGUCUUGACGAGGAGGGGUCUAACGACUUCACUGAAAACAUGUUCAUCCUACAGCGGGUGUGA